GUGCUGUGGAUUACUGACGUCACCAUUCUCCUCAUUGCACAGCUGUACCGGCCCAACGCGGUCUUCCCCGAGGGGGGCAAGAUGAGCAAGGUGCUGGACGCCCUCAAGCCGGGCGACACCAUGGACGCGCGCGGCCCCACCGGCCGCUUCUGGUACCAGGGCCACGGCAAGCUGGCCUUCAAGCAGCGCAAGUGGGACGAGGGGCCGACCGCCUUCCACGAGGCCAAGAGGAUCGUGAUGCUGGCGGGCGGCUCGGGCAUCACUCCGAUGCUGCAGCUCGUCAAGCACGUCCUCAAAGACCCCACGGACGACACGCAGCUCGAGCUCCUGUUCGCCAACAAGUCCGAGGAAGACAUCAUGCUGAGGGACCAGCUCGACGAUCUGGCCGCCAAGCACCCAAAGCAGUUCAAGGUCUGGUACACCGUGGACAAGGCUCCUGAGGGCUGGAAAUACAGUGAAGGCUUCAUCAACGCUGACAUGAUUAAGGACCAUCUUUCCCCUCCUUCUCCUGACACAUUUGUUUUCCUAUGUGGUCCAAAGCCUAUGAUUGAGAAAGCCUGCAAACCUGCCCUAAAAGCUCAAGGAUUCCCUGAAGAACGUAUUCACAAGUUUUAAGUGUCCUAAUAAUGUUAAGUAUUAAACUAAACAGAGCUGUGAUAUAAGUGUAUACAUAAUGAACAAAACUUCAAUAAACAAAGAAAAUACUUUAACAGAG